ACCCGUGAGCCUCAGCAGCCGUUGCUAUAGCGACCAGGCCAGUCGCAGGCGCGAAUCAGAACGCUUAUUCAACAAAGAUGAGUCGUUGAGUCCUUUCACAGUCUAUGGUUAAAACUAUCUGGUAGUUUAUUCCGUUUAUAUCAUCCAGGACAGCACAAAGAGACAGAGGCCGCCGAGUUACAGCUUCCAGACGCCGCGGAGGACGAACUCUGAGCGGGAGCGGGUCAAACUCCAGAUGGCGGUUAACAGCUUCGCAUUGUGAACAUCACGCAGCUAACGUCAGAUCCUGCAGGUGAAAUGGGUUCACCUGGUGGCCCUAAAGUCUGUGGCUCAGCCUCCAUCCACAUGCGGAGAUCCCAGCUUCUUUACCAGCGGUUUCUGACCGAUGCCGCCGCUGGCCUCACUUUCUCCCAUGACAUAAUGGCGGAGCUCGAUGCAGACAGCACCUCCUACAGCCAAGCCGACUUCCGGCAGUUAUUCAGGCCCACGGGAGUCCUGGAACCAGCCGCCAAGAGGACGACACAAGACAGGAAACUUUCUAGAUUGCCUCCAAGGCCAAAGAACCCACAGGUUCUGCCGAGGUUACUGGGAUUCAGAGGGUUACUGCAGUCUGUGGAUCGUUCGCCUCCUCGGCCGCAGGGCGUACAGCUGCUGCAGAGCUCCAGCACGGGAAACAGGGGGACAGCAGUCACUGGUGAUAACCACUAUGUGGAGGAGGCUUCAGGUUCAGGCAAACCCGUCCAAAAGGUGGCUCACCAGAGUCAUGACCAGAUCACCUCAGAUGACUCAAAGUACCACAUUAACCAGCAGAGGAGGUCCUCCCCAGCCCCGGACACAAUGACCACACACGCCAACAAGACCCAGACUGUUGGGACUGUGUUGGCUGUUGAUCAGGAGCGUUCGUCCUCGGUGGUGGAUGACGCCGUGUGGAGAGACCAGAUAGCGGCCGCUGACUGCCGACCCGACUCCCGUGUCCUCAACAACACUGUCCUGCAAGACUCUGUAAGUUCGGAUGCUGAUGGUUGGAUGGCUGCACAGUGUUUAGCCCUGGAUGGAGACGACAGUAGGGUGGUCAUCCAGAGAAUUUUAGCACAACUCUUCCUCUGCCAGGACCAGCCAGACUCCCAGGACCAUCUCCCUGGCCCCCAGGAUCAUCUCCCUGGCCCCCAGGACCAUCUCCCUGGCUCCCGGGACCAACUCCCUGACACCCAGAACCAACUCCCUGACACCAAGGACCAACUCCCUGACACCAAGGACCAACUCCCUGACCCCCAGGACCAACUCCCUGACCCCCAGGACCAACUCCCUGACACCAAGGACCAACUCCCUGACACCAAGGACCAACUCCCUGACCCCCAGGACCAACUCCCUGACACCAAGGACCAACUCCCUGACACCAAGGACCAACUCCCUGACCCCCAGGACCAACUCCCUGACCCCCAGGACCAACUCCCUGACACCAAGGACCAACUCCCUGACACCAAGGACCAACUCCCUGACCCCCAGGACCAACUCCCUGACACCAAGGACCAACUCCCUGACACCAAGGACCAACUCCCUGACCCCCAGGACCAACUCCCUGACACCCAGGACCAACUCCCUGACACCCAGCUGGUGGUGUCACUGCUUACCCACUUCACCAGCGAGACGACUCUUGUGCGUUCCCUGCUGGCAGAGCAUCUGAACCGUUCUGAAUAUAGAACCAGACUGUUGGCCUGUAACACUCUAUCAGGCCUCAAGUGGCCCAUCAAUAAGGAUGUUGUGCACAAACUGACCCACUUGAUGUGUAACGACCAAAGCUACCUGGUGUGCCUCGCCGCUGCGGAGACGCUUAUGACUCUGGGAAAGGUGCAGGACGUUCACAAUGAAUUAAGGUUGAAGCUGGAGGAGCCGCGAGGACUCCAGAGCAGAAUUGAAGCUCUGGAUCUCAUCAGCCGCCUGAAGAUCACAACAGCAAAGCUGCUCGAGCCCGUUGUGUCCUGCCUCAGUGACGAGGUCGUUACUGUCCGAAAGCAGGCCUGCGUGACGGCUGCGUCUCUGCUGCUGAAGGAUGAGAUGGUUGUGAGACGACUGCUGGAGCUGGUGGAGGACGACCCGGCACAGGAGGUCCGGCUGUCUGCCAUCAACGCUGUGGGUGCGCUGGGUUUGUCAGCAGCGGGCGUGCAGGAGACGCUGCUGCGCUGCGUGGAGACAGAGGAGGAGGCGGAGCUGCAGCUCGCCGCCCGCCAGCUGCUGCACAGCUCACAGCAGCCUUCAGACGAGCUGCAGGGCGACGAUCAGCCCAGCGGACGCAGGUUGAUGAAGGAGGAGGAAGAGGAACACCGCGACACUCUGUUCAGUCUGCAGAUGAAGCGUCAGUGUGAGCUGCGACUGCUCACAGAGAAAGUGUUGCUGUUGGAGAAGCUGCAGGAUCAAAGUUGUCCAGGACGCCGUCUGCAGCGCGCCACGCUGGCCCUGCUGCUGACUCAGCGAUACAGACAGACAGACGAUGCAGUGACGCCGACGCCAACAGCAGAAAAAACACUUUUACAAUCAAAACUUUAUUUCUGUAAACACAAAUAAUUCAUACUGGAGGUG